AUGGCAAAGAAAUCAAAUAAUCUCCAAAGGAGUAAUAGUAACAGUACCAAUAGUAGUAAUAGUAAUAGUAGUAAAAGUAGAAAUGGAGAACAAGUUAAAGAGAUACAACAAAAACAACAACAGGAACAGAUGAAACCAGACUUGACAGCGACAGCGACAGCAGGAACAACAUACUCUUCAGAUAUCAUCCAUAGUAGUAAUUUAAUCAAUAGUACCACUAGUAGUAGUUCAACCAACUCACCAAUACAACUAAACAAAUCAUCAUCAACUAGUAGUACCCAAAUGAGUGUACAUAAAGAUGAAGUUAAUACAAGUGAACAUCAACAUCAGUUACAAGGAGGAUUAGCAACUGAACAUUUAAAUAUAAAUAAUCAUUAUAUCAAUCAUGUGAAUCAUGAGACUAUAGUUAUUCCAUCACCAAAUGUUACCAAUACAUUUAUACCAAUUGAAAUCAAAAGUGUCAAUACUGAUAAUGCGGUGGUAGAGGAUGACAUGAUAGACAUUCCUCUAACACCUCUACCAAUCACACCUCAAGAAUCAAAUACUACACCAACAAGUAGUAUAAGUAAAUCGUCGUCACCUAUCAACAACAACAACAACAAGAGACAAGAGAAUGGUAGAGAUGAAUUGUCAGAAGAGUCAACAUCGACAGCUAGUACAAGUACAACAAAUCAACAAGCUGUCCCUACUUGUACAAAUACAACUAUUGCUAGUAUGUCAUCAGAAUUAAGAAAAAGAAUUGGAUUGGAACCAUCAAAUGAUACUAUAGAGAUUGUUAAUACUAGUGAUCAUCCAAAACUACAUAAUUCGGUGGCAUCGACCACUACUCGAACAACAUCCAAUAUAUCAACAACCAACACUCAUUAUAUUCAAACCAUCAAUUAUAUACCACCCGAAGAACAGUCUAUUCUCUACACCAAUGAUCCUAGAUACUAUAGACACAUGUCUAGUUCUUGGAGUGGUAUUUUGGCGGGUAGUGGUGGUAUUCACGACCACCAAUACAUUCGAAGAAGUCAAGACUCUCAACAAUCUGUACCAUACAUUCCACCAGGCGACUUGAAACUCAAUGGAACACCUAUUGGCAUGAUGUCUUCGAAUCGAAAAGACAAGAAAAAGGAGAAAAAGAUUGAAAAGGAGAUCAAAGAUGCCAUGCAUGACUUGGAUGAGAAACAUGCAGACGUUGAGAAACAACUCAUUAAAAUGUCACAAAAGAAUAGAAAAAAGAAAAAGAAAAGAGCUAGAAAACUACACCUCGAACACAAAAAGAAUAGUCUUGGUGAAACCAUCUUUAAAGGUCAUCCAAGUUGGUUCUUGAUGCGUACCAUUCAAACUGGUAUACUUAAUUGUAUAUCAAAAACAUCUUACCUUUCAAUACCAGAAGAUUCUGAUCAAUUCUUUUCUUCUUUACAUCAUGAAUUACCUGUCAUUGAAGGACAACCAGGAACCUUUUUAUUUAAAGAUUAUUGUCCACAUGCAUUUUCAAGAUUAAGAAGUUUAUUUAAUAUUGAUGCACAAUCAUAUGUUCAUUCAUUGUGUAAAGCUUGGAAUGAACAAUCAACACCUGGAAAGAGUGGCUCCAUCUUUUUCUUUUCCCACGAUAAUCAAUAUGUACUAAAAACAAUUCCAAAACGUGAAGCUAAAUUACUUCGUAGUUUAUUACCUGAAUAUUUUGAACAUAUGAAAAGAAAUCCAAAUAGUUUAUUGACAAAAUUUUUUGGAUUACAUAGAGUGAAACCAAGACAAGGUAGACAAGUUAGAUUUGUUGUAAUGAAGAAUCUAUUCAAUACACCAAAGAUUAUAACCAGUCGAUUUGAUAUUAAAGGAUCGACUGUUGGAAGAGAACUGACAACCGAGGAGUUGAAAAAGAAACAUCCUACUUUUAAAGACCUCGAUUUCAGAAGAAUGGGUACCAAGAUUAACUUGGGACCUGAUCGCAAGAAACUAUUUUUACAUCAAAUAGGAGAGGAUUGCAAGUUCCUCGUUAAACUAAAUAUCAUGGAUUAUAGUUUAUUGAUUGGUGUACAUCGCAAAGAAGAUGCAAUGCGAAUGGUUGAACAAGAAGAGAUAUUACGUGAAAGUCAAGGUGGUGGUGGUGGAGGAGAGACUGCCACUGCCGAUACCACUGGCAACACAACCCUUCCAUGUGACGACUACUACUCAUCGAGUGAAGACGAGGAUUAUAGCGACGAAGAUGAUGAUCUCACCGAUGAGGAUGAUGGAGACGAUUUAAGAGCAUCCUCCAAAAUUGGAUCAAUUGCUCAAACCAAACAAUACUUUAAACAAAUUGAACAACAAAAACAACAACAAUUGGAUGAGUUACAACGAACCCAACAUUCAUCAUCAGCAUCCAAUCAACAUUAUUCUCAUCCUCUUAUUCCAGUUCAUUUAAAUGAUCCAGGUCAUCCAAAUAAUUUAAACGAACAACCAUCUCAACAACAACAACAACCACGCGGCAGUAGUAGUAGUAGUAGUAAUCAACCUCAUCCACAUCCACAUCCUCCACACCCACAUUUACAUCACCAUCAUAUUGUCCAUAAAGAUUCAUGUCUUGUUGAAUUGGAUGGACCAUUCCCACCAUUGGUUCCAAAGGAAGAGAAAUCCCCUAUUCAAUCAGUUCCACCAAAGAUAUCAAUAUUUGAACAUGAUAAAGGUGGUAUGCAAGGUAUAGAUGAAACAGGUAAACCAAUGCCAGAAUAUUAUUUCAUGGGAAUCAUUGACAUAUUGAUGUUGUUUUCAUUUAGAAAGCAAUUUGAACACACCUAUAAAAGUAUAUUUCACAAAGGUGAAAUUUCAGCUGUAGAACCUGUAGAAUAUGCAGCAAGGUUCAUAAAUUCAAUAAGGGAUCAUGUCAUCAAAUAA